AUGGCUACAUCCUAUUGGCUUCCCACUGUUAAUAUGCUCACUUCACUUGUUGAAUUGCAUUUGCCCUCUUGUAGACUUCCCAUGCUUCCUCUCACUCUUCCUUCCAUCAAUUUCACAUCCCUUUUAGUUCUUGAUCUCUCUAAGAAUAAAUUCACCUCCACAAUACCUCCUUGGUUGUUCAAUCUCACUGAACUAGAGAUGUUGGAUUUGACAGAUAACAAUUUGACAGGAAAACUGCUUGAUUCUUUGGGAUAUCUUAAAAGCUUGAGAUACCUCGACUUGUCGUAUAACUCAUUUCAGGAUUCAAUUCCAAAAUCGAUUGGAAAUUUAACAUCUUUGGAGGAGUUUGACCUUGCAUGGAACCAAAUGAGUGGGAUCAUCCUAGAAAGUCUUGGGGAGCUCUCAUCACUGACUGACUUGACCACAGUGGCACUCAAUAAUGCUAGGAUUUCAGACACCAUACCAGAUUGGUUUUUGCAGUUGGAUUUGCAAUUAGAUUAUCUAGAUAUCUCUUAUAAUCAACUAAGCGGCACGUUGCUCUCUUUAAAGAUUUUAAGCUUGAGGUCAAACUCAUUUACUGGAAGCACCCCUUUACAAUUAUGUGGGCUUUCCGCUCUCCAUAUAUUGGACUUCCCACACAACAAUCUUUUCGGAAAUAUUCCCCACUGCAUAGGUAAUUUGAGUAGCUUGAAAUCUGAAUUCACAAACAACGAUACAGAAGUGUAUGGUCAUGAGGGAAGAUUGGAGGUGGUGUCAAAAGGAAGAGUGCUUGAAUAUGACUCCAUCCUUUACCUUGUUAAUAGCAUUGAUCUCUCGGACAAUAACUUGUCAGGAGAGAUGCCUGUGGGGAUAACAAGCCUAAUAAAGUUGGGCACCUUAAAUUUGUCCAUGAAUCAUUUGACAGGAAAUAUCCCAGCAAAUAUGGGAAACUUGGGGUUGGUAGAAAUUCUUGAUCUAUCAAUGAACAAACUUUUAGGUUCAAUUCCACAGAGCAUGGUUUCUGCAACAUUUUUGAAUCAUCUGAACCUGUCAUACAAUAACUUGUCCUGGAAAAUUGCAACGGGUAACCAGUUUCAGACCUUUGUUGACCCAUCAAUUUAUGAGGGCAAUGCCAGUCUUAGCGGGUGUCUAUUACCAAUUGGUUGCCAAGACAAUAAAGAAGCACCUCAAAUUCCAAGUGGAGAUGGAGGAGAGGAUGAUGAUAGUAAACUUGAAAAGCUACAAUUCAUCAUCAGCAUGGUGAUAGGUUUCUGGGGAGUUUUUGGGACUUUUGCCGUGAAGAGGUUUUGA